UGUGCAAGUUUUCUUGGGGUUUCCCCGACAUUUAACCUCUAAACGUGGCAAGCGACGACGACGAAGACGUUCUUUUCAACGUUGAACCAACCUUGCACGGUGGCUUGGCCACAGUAAUUUGUCGCGUAGCAGUCGCUCACAUCACGAAAUUCUCCUUCUCCCGUCCACGUGAAUGUCCAGCCUGGCACCUGAGGAACUAAGUAUUAUCAGUGACAUGCGUUUCUACGUGCUCGGGCUCGGACCCAUUGGCUGUCUCCUCGCUCAUAACUUACGAUCAGUUCUUCCACGCGCCCACCCAGUCACUCUCAUCCAAAAAACCGCCAAGCAGGCGUGGAAGCCGCAGAAUGCAGCUGCGAAAAUCACAGUUGAAAACCAAGGUGUCCGACAGUCCACAGACGGUUUUGAUAUCGAGGUGUUCGACAAGUAUAGCGGAUCGGGCGGUGGAGUGCGCUUCAACCCCAAACUUUCAAGGGAGGAGAGUGCCGUAUUCACCCCCGGCGAUGGAGAUUUACGGACAGAGCCCAUCGAAGCGUUGUUCAUAACGACCAAAGCGCACAGCACUGCGCCUGCACUGUCACACCUAGCUCCACGCCUCACCUCUCGCAGUACCAUCGUACUUUUACAAAACGGCAUGGGAUUAUAUGAAGACCUGGUCCAGCGAAUAUUCCGCAACCCAGAAAGCAGACCACACUUUAUCCUGGCGUCAAACACCCACGGAGCAUGGCUAAAGUCGGCGUUCCAUGUAGUCCAUGCGGGGCUUGGGGAUAUCACAUUUGGGAUUGUCCCAGAUAGCCGCAAGCGCGAUUUCGAAAUAUCCAUGGCGGAUGAAAGCAAGCCGCUGUACGAGAGAUCACUUGUUUUGGACGACAUCACACGCCCCGAUGAUCCUUCAUUCGACCAGUACCGCAGCCUACGACACACGGUAGCAGUCUUACGAUCUCUUGAUUAUCUUGGAUGCAAAUGGAGUCCUAUUGGAGAUGUUCAACUUGCGAUGCGCAAGAAACUCAUCGUAAACGCAAUUGUGAACCCGCUCACAGCCGUUCUAGGCUGCCGAAAUGGUGGUCUGUUCAAGGACGAGGCAUCACAUAAUAUGCUGCGCAGCGUCUGCGAAGAAGCUGCCGCAGCUUUCCGUGCGCAGAUUGAAGCGGACACACAAGCAUGGCUCGAUUCUCUAGAUCCUAGCGUGGAUAAGACACAGGUGCCGGUGGGGCGUGUUCCAAAAGAACUGGGGGCGGAUGCUCUGGAACGUGAGGUCCUGCGUGUCACACACGUAACAAGAGGCAAUAUGUCAUCUAUGCUCUCCGACGUAAGGAAGAACAACCCAACGGAAAUCGACUUCUUAAAUGGCUACUUGGUCAGGCUAGGGGAACAAUAUAAUGUCCCUAUGCCAGUCAAUAGGGCCCUUGUUCAAUUAGUCAAGAUGCGGUGCUCUAUACCCAUCGAUCAGACGUUCUGAUUGACAGCCGGAGUGUGUUGAAUUGGCAUCUGUAUAUACUCAGUCGGCGGCCUUAAAGGAUGAGGGUCCUUGAUACACUAUCAAGUUGGUACAAGGGAUGGGGUACGCUGCAUCGUCAGGCAGCUUACCGGCAGCGCUCUAACCUGCCAUGGCAUCCGAGGAUGGAAGUCCUUGCAUUUCAUAUAGUGGCUGGCGCAUGUCAAUCACGUCUGGACCGUGUAC